CUUGAUUUGUCAUAAGUUGAGCGGUCGUGUUGCUGUGUCUAUAACUCCAUACUAGCCUUUCAUCUUCGAAAAAAGAAACUUUUUAUUUGGUGGUACGACGGGGGCGUCUUCCUCGUUCUGGAGUCGCACUUCUGUGCGAUGGGGUGUUUCGGGAACAACAUUACCGAUGAGGAGCAAGAAAAUAAUCGGAGGCAGAAAAAUACGAACAAAAAGAUCGAAAAGCAGUUGAGAGACGAUAAGAUUGCAUACCGCGCAACCCAUCGCCUUCUUCUACUUGGUAACAAUUUCUCGUCGUGUAUGGCUGUAUUAUUUGGGUUUGAAGGUGGUUGAUUUUGGUUUUUAUCGAAUGAGUAAUCAGUCUUAUUUCUAACCUCCAAGGGGCUGGAGAAUCAGGAAAAAGCACCAUCGUGAAACAGAUGAGGAUCCUACACGAUGCACACGGUUUUACGGAACAGUGAGUGUUCACCAUUCUGUCACAGUUAUUUAGCAUACAAAUUAUUAAAAGUGAGGAAGGCAGGCCGCGAUCGAACAAGAAUUAUUCACAAUGGACGUCUUGUGUUAAUCUGCGUCUUUGCUUCAUUUCUCGUAGGGAAAAGAGGCAAAAAAUAGAAGAUAUAAAGAAGAAUAUUAGAGAUGCAAUAUUGGUAAGACUAGCCUAUUUACAAUCUACCACCCACAUUUAGCUCGCGAUUCGUUGCGAUUUCACAGCUUUUUCGAUUUCUUUCGCUUGGAUUUUUUGUAAGAUGCAUAAUUUUUGUUUCUUAGACCAUAACAGGCGCCAUGUCAACGCUUACACCGCCGGUAAAGUUAGCGAACCCUAAUAACCAGUUUAGAAUCGACUACCUUCACGAAGUCGCCACGACGCCAGACUUCGACUAUCCCCCGGUAAGGCCAGAUGAUAUUUUUGCUGGAGUUGUUAUCUUAUAAGCAUUUUACUUUCUCUGUAAAACAUCGAUGAAGGCAUCGAAAGCAAAUCUUUCGAGAUUAAGCUUUUCAGGCGAGCGGUUUCGCUCUUAUUUAGUACACAUUUCUAAUUAUGGAAACUAGAAAGCUUGGGUUGAGGGCAGGCGAAUGCUUUGAACAAACAAAAUGUGUUUUCGUCUUGCACGGUCGUUCAUAUCCCGGAUUUUUUUGUAACUUUUCGCUGUUUUUAUUUCGUAGGAGUUCUACGAACAUACGAAAAUCUUAUGGCAGGAUGCAGGAGUUCUCGAAUGCUUUGAACGAUCGAAUGAGUAUCAACUUAUCGACUGCGCGCAAUAGUAAGUGUAUUUAUUAUAACAUCUUUGGGUCUUUUUUACUUGGUCAAGACGUUGAAAUACUCUAUUAUUGUGUUGUCUCGAUGAUGCAUGCGCCUCAGAAGCGUAUUUUCCCGUCUUAUACAGCCGAAAAUACGCUUGGUGAGGUAUUUUAAAGCUUAAAUCGAGGGUCGGAGGUAGCUAUGGCUUUUUGAAACAUGGCAGUAUGUUUACAAACUAGCCAACCCCGACAAAAUGGCUGGAAAAGAAUUAUUAUUCGUGGUCAUGGCGCUUCUUUGUAGUUUGUUUCAACUACCGAUUGAUUUUCACCUUGUAUUUCAUGUAAGCACCAUCGCUAAGGUUUAUUUAUUUUCUAGCGGUUUUUUAGAAGCGAUAAAAUCGUGAUUUUACGUUCGAAAACCUCUGUCACGCUGUUGCGAACCUUGGUUAGUAUGAAGCCAUAUGCGAACGAAGUUUGCUGGCUUACUUAAGCUUGUGUUUUAUGUCCGGUACGGUUCUCUGUUGUACAGUUUUCAUCCAUAAUGGUUUUUAUGCUAUUAAAACAGUAGAUAAGCGCUUUCGAAGCUAUUUUUGGUGGUCAGACUGUCAAAUGAUGAAGUGAAGGAUAAUGAAAGAAAAUUUCUGAUGGGAUGCACUUCAGCUCGCGAAGACCAUUCUGCUUUCUGUACGAUAUCAAGACAAAAUGAUACAUGCGCUUCCAGUUUUACUUACACUCGACAGAAAUUUUUAUUUUGGCAUCUUCUCGUACCCUGUUUGCGAAACAUACGACACACGAAGAAUUACAAUAUCAUGCCUUAAAAUUAUGAACCAUUUCUCAGCCUGCUUUGUUUUGAACUGGUUUCCAUGCAAAAAGCUACGAAAGCUCUAGGAUAUAGCAACUCUUAGCCUUGCUUAUUUAAUGUUCCAAGACUUGUUGAGGAAAAAAACAUACAAUCUAGCCGAUCAUGGAGUAAUUUUUGUAGCAGAGUAGGGCCAUACUGUCGUGUGACGGCUGUGCAUGCGAUUUGAGUAUUUUUCUGUCUAUUUGAUCUCAUGAAUGGGUUAAAAAUUUUGCAAUUUCGUCGUAUCUCUGCAUGCUGUGUCCUCGAUAAUUGUAAAGCUGACAUAUUAGAACCGUAAAAACUAUCUAACAAUCUCUAAAAGUAGUGUCUGAAAAUUUUAAUCAAGAAGGAGACCUAUUUGGCGAUAUACAUGUAUGAACAGUACCUUGUAUGAGUCUAUUUCGUAUCGAUGCCUAUUUUUAGAUCAAACAUACAGACUUGAGCACGCUUUAGUGGUUUCGAAUGUUGUGAGUUUGAAAGUGUAUGAUGGUCAGUCUUUUUUGAUGCCGAUUAGAAAAAUGUGACUCUAAUUUCUCUGGGCCUAAAGUUACUAGUACUCACUUGCUUAUAAAAACAACAUGUAUAUUCAAGUUUUGCUUUUUCCUUGCCAUCUGCAUGUUACAAUUUUUAUCAUCAUCAAGUUUUGUUCUUUUUGUUUAGGAACAUUAUUCUUUUGUUGUCACUGUGUUCCCUUUCCAAAGCAGAAAUACUAGUUUUGAACAUACCCUGCAUUUUGAGCACAAAUAAAUUCUAUGUAAGUGAGGUAGAAUUAAAGUGUUUCAUUAUUGUUCUCAGCUUUGCUAAAGCAUCUAUAUAUAGCCACUGUACAGUUAGUUGAAUUUUCAGGUUUCGAGUUUUUGAAUGACUUAAUGUUUGGUAAAGAGGAUGGAGAAAGCUGUCUUUGCAUCGAGUUAUAUAACAGAUCAUUCUGGAGAUCAAGUACUUUUACAAAAUUUCCUGUAGUGGUUGAGUACACAUGCUGUAUUGUUUUUGGUUGACAAAACUGUGUUUCAGACAUUUGAAUUAGUAUAAAUAUUUAGUUUUCUUUUUUCUACAUUAUAAGAGUCAGUCGUGUGCAAUUUUCCACUAGACGAAAAGGUCAUACCCCCGGAAUAUUUGUUUUGUUUUGAGGAUAGCUGCAGGUUCAUGGCUUUAUUAUUGUUCAUGCUUUAAUCUCAAAAUAGAACUUGUCUAAGCAUAAGAUUUUGUGCUUUAUUCUUUAACCAUCUUAGAUACCAUUACUCAUGUCUGCAAGUUUAUUUAUAUUAUAAAUUGUUUGUUUGUCGUUCUUUAACUUCAGUCAAGCAACUUUCUUUAUCAUCUGAAUUUCUAUUUGGGUUUUAAUAUAUUGGUUUAGAGCAUCAGAUUUUGUAUGGUUCUGUAGUGCUUGAAUCAGAAUUUUCCUUUCAUUCUGCUCUCCUUUUAGUUUUCUGUGUUUAGGGGCUGUUUGUUUUUUGUGUCUGUAUUUUACAGACAUGUGUUUCGAGUAUGCGUUGGUCGCUUAUCUCUGAACUGUACUGUAGUUAAUUACCAAACUGCAGUACAAUUUUAUAUACAACAAAUGUUAAGCUUUGGUUUAUUAAAUUCUUUCAAACGUAAAGGACAGCCAAACCUAGUAAACAUGAGUAUUGCAGUUAAGGGUACUGAUUAAAGACCUGUUUAACUGACCAUAUUCCCCCAUAUAAGUAGAUGGAGCAACUUUGAUUGCAGUGUACCAUCUUCAACGCUAGCUGGCAGUCAUUAUUCAGAUAAUACAGAGCAUUGCUCUGGUGCUAAGAUCCUAAUGGGAGGAAUCUUCAACUCUCUUUCUGUGUAUUUGUAUACUCGAAUGCAGUAAAUUGAUUGUGCCCGUGUCUAGAAGGCUUAAGCGAUGUUGCUGAGGUCUAGUUAUUUUCCAGCAGUUUUAGGAAACCGUAUAUCAGUGUUCAAAAACCUUUGUCAUGCUGUUGUGAACCACAGCCCUUGAAAGGCCAUUUCUGAACAAACAUUUGUUGUUUGCUGUGGCUUGUGUAUUUAUUGAACUGAAGUUUCGGUUUUCCUCAGUUUCGGUUUCUAUGAUGCUUUCUUAGCUUUUUUGCUGGUCGGGCCUCCAAAUUAUAAAGUUAAGAGAUCCAGCGUGGUCCUUAUAAAUCUUUCAUGAAAAUUUACCCUCAAGCACUGUGAUUAAGGGUCUGCGUAACUGACUUAUUCCGGAACGAGUCCAAAUGGAAUAAUCUCUACAAAUUGGCAGUUAUUGUACUGUAUCAUCCAUUAUAGUGGCUGGCAGACAAUAUUCAUAUCCUGGGAGCGUUCCAUUGGCUCCCAAAUACCUUUAACUGAAAGGAUUUGUGAAGUGUGGUCAAUCAACUACCACAUAGCUAAGCAUGGUAUGUGCUGACUCCCAGUAACUUGAAAAAACAGUUAAAGGAAAUCAUAAAUGACUAAUUGAGUUAUCUGGAAUUUAAGUUAUAGUUAUAUUUAGGAAAAAAUUGCUGAGUUAUCCAGGGUUUUCAAGAAAAAUUAAAGUAGCCAGGUGAUUUAAACAUGGUAGCUGACUGCACCAACAAGGGGCAAUUAGUCGCCUAUUGUAAGGGGGUCUUGGGGGCGUGCCCCGCAAGAAAAUUUUGAAAUUUUGAAGCCCUUAAAUGAGAUUUUCAUCACUUUGGGCACACAACUGAGUACAAAAGAGCACGUUUUUCAUUCAAGAUUAAAAGAUGAAGCUUUCAUUCAAGUUUUGAUUUAUCAGCCAGACAAUCAAUUCUUAUAAGCAAUGAACAAAUGAGAUAAUUAAAUUACAUACAUUUUCAUGUGAAAAAAUUUUGUGUAAAACUCGUGUAUUUUCCUGGCAAAAUUAACUAUAAAGAAUUGGAUGAAAAAUCGACUAAAAUUCAAGGUUUAGUUUACUAAAGUAUAACACAAAGCCCGUAUGCCUUUACACAAUUAU